AUGAAUUUGAAAAAUGGCAUACAUUCAUCGCACAAUAUUCCACUGGAGGCCGCUAUUUCAAAGCAUACAGUCCCGGUAGAUUCGUCUCCAACCACUUCUCUGCUGUCAGCUUGUGCAGGACUUGACAAAGGGGGUGGAGUAUGUCUCCUUAAUGAUACUAUCAACGGAAAAUAUAAGCCCAGUACGACAUUUGCAAUCUACUCUACCGCUGUUUUGCCGCAGUCCUGGCUGGAUAUACUUCUUUGUUCGGUAGACCGAGACAGAACUUAUAUCGAAAGGCUAAACGAGCUGGCGAAAUGUAUUUCGGCGAAUUUACCGAUAUACACUUCCUGGGAUGGCUUGGGAACAGCCGAUUGCAGCGAGGGGGCUUCCUCACGCCAACUGCAUUCGCUGCCUACUUCGCUAUCUACCCUUCCACACCGGGGACAAACAUCCCAAGUGGACAUUCUGACACAGAGCAGACCACGCUUUCUGCUGAAUGCCUGUUUGUAUAAGAAUCAUUGCAUCAUCGGACAUCAUAGUGUUAUCCAGACACUAUUGAUCGUAUUGCGAAGACCGUGGUGUGUGCUCGAAAUAUGUGUUGGUAGUACUGAGGAUGAUUACAGUACAACAAAUGUUCUCAUGCAGAUCCUGUCAUUCGCCAGACUUGCCCAACAAAGAGACAAAUCCGGCUAUGAGACAGCAGUAUUCUUGCUAGAACACGAGCUUGAGAAACGACAUGACUCAUUUGAUCUUCUAUCAAUGCCUGUUAUUGGAAGUCUGGAACGCGAAGAAGGAACUCCAAUCAGUCUCAGCGCCGAAGAAGUGUCGUACAAACGGUUAAUCAGUUCUUACGAACGGUGCAAUCGUUCGGUCUUUCUCACUAGCUUGAAGUCCUUCAAUUCCUUCUGGAUAUGUCUUAUUUGCGUUUUCGCAGUGGAAAUCGGGGUGACUUUCUCCAGUAUUAUUGACAUACUAGCUGGAGGAAAGCAAAAACUGCCAAAACAAAGAGUUGUCCUGCCAGCAGAACAGAAAAGGCGCAAAUCGGAAAGAUCUGUUGGUCUCGUAUAUUCACCGGCAAGAUACGACGACACUUGUGGAAGUAACGAUAUAGCAGAAGAUAUGGUUCAAUUAUACGAACUUGUUUUGCUCAGAAUACGUGAUUGUGUGUGA